AUGAUUCCGCUUCCGAACGGACCACCUGCCCAGAUCCCACCUAUUCAACACAAGUUUGGCAAAGAAUCACCAGUGGAGAGAUACAAGAGACAAAAGAGACUGGCAGCUAUCAAGAACAGCUUCAAGCACUCCUGGAACGGAUACAAGAAAAAUGCUUGGUUGCAAGAUGAGGUCCGACCGCUGUCCGGAGGUUACAAGAACGGAUUCGGAGGUUGGGGUGCAACGCUGGUCGACACGCUUGAUACUCUCUGGAUUAUGGGAAUGAAGAAAGAGUUCGAGACGGCUGUUGGGGCACUCGAGUACCUUGAUUUUACCACGUCUCCUUCGCCAACGAUUAGUGUGUUCGAGACAACCAUUCGCUAUGUGGGUGGUCUGCUGAGUGCGUACGAUUUGAGCGGCGAGAAGUACCCAAUCUUGCUAGCGAAAGCAAUCGAACUUGGCGACAUGCUGUAUGCCUCGUUCGACACCAAGAACAGUAUGCCGGUGGUUGGGUCCUGGAAAUGGUUGAAGGCCGCCAAAGGAGAGCUGCAACACGCGCCGUCUAAUGCACUUUCUGCCGAUAUAGGGUCGCUCUCCCUUGAGUUCACCCGAUUGACUCAGCUGAGUGGUGAUCCGAAGUACUAUGAUGCUAUCCAGAGGAUCAUGAAUGCUUUCGAACAAUCACAGAAUACCACUAGACUUCCUGGCAUGUGGCCGGUAUCUUUAAAUGCUCACGAUCUAGACUUCACAAACGACAGGCAAUUCACACUUGGUGCUAUGGCCGACUCGCUUUACGAAUAUUUCCCCAAGGUUCGCUUACUUCAAUACCUUCUUCUCAAUGGCAGGGACAAACAGACUCGGAACAUGUACGAAAAGAGUAUGGCUGUGGCUAAAGAGCAUCUGUUCUACAGGCCCCUGAACCCUGGCAAUUUGGAUCUUCUCAUCUCCGGUUCUGUAAGACAAAUCGGUGCAGGUUAUGAUCGAAAGAACGAGGGCCAGCAUCUUACUUGCUUCGUUGGAGGCAUGGUCGCUCUAGGCGCCAAAAUCUUCAACACACCAGAAGACAUCCUCACAGCACAACGAUUGACAGAUGGCUGUGUGUGGGCCUAUCAACAAACCCCGAGUGGAAUGAUGCCCGAGAUUUUCGAAGCUAUACCUUGUACUGAUGACGAGGACUGCAAAUGGUCCGAAGAAAGAUGGUACAAGGGUCUUAUAAUGGCUGUCCAUCGUGUUCUUGACACCAGCACGAGGUCUCUCAAAGAACAAGCGCAAAAGAUCAUCGACAAAGGAAGACUCCCACUCGGUUUCGCAAAGGUUGUCGACUCCCGCUAUUACCUCCGCCCGGAGGCUAUCGAAUCUGUGUUCUACAUGUAUCGCAUCACUGGUGACAAGACGUGGCAAGACAAGGCAUGGCAGAUGUUCAAGGCCAUUGAUUCGCACGCGAAGACCGACAUCGCAUAUGCCGUUGUCCAAGAUGUGCGUGACGAGCAAUCCCAACUCACGGACACUAUGGAGAGCUUCUGGACAGGAGAGACAUUGAAGUACUUCUACCUCAUUUUUAGCGAGCCAGAUCUCGUAAACCUAGACUCGUGGGUGCUAAACACCGAGGCUCAUCCCCUGCGCAGGCCACAGGAUUGA